AUGAAAACGAUGACAGGAUCAAACGAGUUCAAACUAAAUCAAACUCCAGAUGAUGGUAUUUCAUCAGUGAAGUUUAGUCCAAAUACAUCUCAGUUUCUCCUUGUUUCAUCCUGGGACAACACUGUCCGGCUCUAUGAUGUUCCUGCCAACAGCAUGAGACUCAAAUACCAACAUUCAGGAGCUGUCCUGGACUGUGCUUUUUAUGAUCCUACUCAUGCCUGGAGUGGAGGAUUAGAUCAGCAAUUGAAAAUGCACGAUCUAAACACGGACCAAGAAAACCUUGUUGGUGCCCAUGAUGCUCCUAUCAGAUGUGUUGAGUAUUGCCCAGAAGUGAAUGUCAUGGUGACUGGAAGCUGGGACCAAACAGUUAAGCUGUGGGAUCCCAGAACUCCUUGUAAUGCAGGAACCUUCUCUCAACCUGAAAAGGUCUACACACUUUCUGUGUCUGGAGAUAGAUUAAUUGUGGGCACGGCAGGCCGGAGAGUGCUGGUGUGGGACUUGCGGAACAUGGGUUAUGUUCAGCAGCGAAGAGAAUCAAGUCUGAAAUACCAGACCCGUUGCAUCAGAGCAUUUCCGAAUAAACAGGGCUAUGUUUUAAGUUCUAUUGAAGGUCGUGUUGCAGUGGAAUAUUUGGAUCCAAGUCCAGAAAUCCAGAAGAAGAAAUACGCUUUCAAGUGUCACCGUUUGAAGGAAAACAACAUUGAGCAGAUUUAUCCAGUCAAUGCUAUUUCUUUCCAUAAUGUCCACAACACGUUUGCUACAGGAGGUUCCGAUGGAUUUGUAAACAUUUGGGAUCCAUUUAAUAAGAAGCGGCUGUGUCAGUUCCAUCGGUAUCCCACGAGCAUAGCGUCACUCGCCUUCAGCAACGAUGGAACCACCCUUGCAAUAGCUUCUUCAUAUAUGUAUGAAAUGGAUGACAUUGGACAUCCUGAAGAUGGUAUCUAUAUUCGCCAAGUGACAGAUGCAGAAACAAAACCGAAGUGA